AUGUCAGUCCCGCCCCUUCCGUGCGGGGGUGGGCGGGCGCUCUGCACAUGUUCAGAGGCCCUUGGACGCCGGGUUGCGAGCUCCUCUCUUCGGCCUGCGCUGGCGCGAGGAUGCUGCGGAGCCUCCGGGGAGCCGCCCUGCUGCCGCUGCCGCUCGCGUUGGGCGAGGCCGGGGCGGCGGCGAGCGGGCAGCAGCGUCCCUUCGCCGUCCUGCGGCGGCAGAACCUGGCUCUGCUGGGCAGCGUCUUCGGCCUCCUGCUGCUCGCCGCCGUCCUGCUGGCCGUGUGCGUCUAUCGGCCGCUUCGCCGCAGGUAGCCGGGAGUGCGACCGGCGGGGCCCGGAGCCCCCUCCGCCUGCUCUGGCCGCCCUCGCCCCGGCUCUCUCGCGACCUGAGCCGCCGCCACCGCCGCGCUGCCCCCGCUGGGCUGGACGAGAUCGGGACCCCCGGCCAUUUGCCCGACAGAAGCGAAGGAAGGACUGGCCGGGCUCCAGGUCUUGGCCCUGCGCCGCCCGCUGCCUUCGGUCCGAUGCAGAGUGGAUCGGCAGCAGCCAAGUGUUGCGGACCCCUUCUCGGCCAGAGCCCCCAGUCCGGCACUGGGGCAGCCUCCCUUCAGCUGCCCAAUGGCCAAGAGCCCCUCCCAGUGGUGACCCUUCCCUCAGGGGAGCCCCAGGCGGCCUGACCUCCGCUGUGCCCACGUGGCUGCUGGCAUUUCUGGUGUGAUUCGGUGCUUUCCGUUUUGUGUCCUAAUGGGGGUUUUCUGGUGUGUUUCAGCUCCUUCGGUCCG